CAGCAGCCACAGCAGCAGCCGCAGCAGCAGACGUAUAUGAUAGAGAAUGCGGAGGCCCGCUUCCCGCCAGGCAGCAUUGCUGUCGUUUCGUGACGGUCCGAGGAGUCAGCGGCCAGCUGCUGACGGAAUAACGAGCUCUCACAAAAGAUCAGGUGCGCAGGAAGACAGAAAAACCGACCGACAGAGCCAACCGUGCUGCUUGUGUUCGUGCAGACCGCUUAGCGUACUCUUAGCGUAGGUUCAUCCACGUGACUGGCUCAUCGGGGGUCACGGCGUCUGGAGCCAUUCGUCAGUGCCAAUUCUGAGGUGCGGCAGCGCAGGACAACACCUCAAGUGUGAUAGCGACUGACUCUGCUUUGCUGUAUGCAGGACUCGAGCAUCAUGUCGGCCUCUUCAUCUGCCGAGAAUCAGCCACCACAGCAACAGGAGAUGAGGAUAGAGAAUAUGGAGGCCCGCUUCCCGCCCAACACCAACGCGGCCACCAAGCGACUCGUCCAGGGUAUCAUGCGACGCACAAUCACCCCUGACGGCAUCCGACGGCUCGUCCGCAAGGGGGCCGACCCACGAGUGUGCAUUGACCUCAUCACCUCCUGCAAGCCUGGUCAGGUGCGCGUCGAGUGUUGGCACCGAGUGUGUCUGCUGACCCUGGCCAUCGACGACUGGAGCACUCCCCCGGCCCUCGAGUGCGGCAUGCAAAUUGGCGCCAUGGAUAUGAACUUCACCAAUGCACGGCUGGUGCUGCCGCUGUGGCCAUCGCGUGAGACGCAAGCGGCCAUCCUGUCGGCUCUCAUCCAGGAGGGCGUCUCGCUGAGUGGGCCACCCACACCACCAGCACCUGCUGCACGGACCUUAACGAAGUCGCUCGAGCCCAUCGAGGUGGCGGUGCGUGCGGCCAACCUGACGGCCGUCAAGACCCUCGUGGCCAACGGGGCGGCUCUGCAAGGGCGGCGGGUGGCCUUCCUGCGACAGGAGCGCGGGGUGCGCUCGAGCGGGCAGUACGAGGCGGCCCUGAUGGCCAUGUUGGAGUACCUCGUCAAGCUCGACCCCUCCCUCGCUACCGAGGCGGAUGACGAUGGCUAUAAUGUCAUCCUGACAGCAGCCGCUUCUGGCCUUACCUACUCGGACAAGUUCGUCAUAGCCUACCUGCAGCUGAUGAAGGACAACGGCGCCAGCCUCACGGUCCCACAGCCGCCGCCGAUGUUUCAGCCCCUUCAUUUGGCAGCACACAACUCGGCGCACCACGUAAUCGAGUGGCUGUGUCAGCACCUCAGCCCCGCACACAUCAACACAGCCAGAGGGGGAGGAGCCCACCGGACGGCUUUGGGCAUCGCUGCCAUGAGGGUCGCCGACUGGCAGCGUCAGGAACCGUCCGAGCAGCGUAAUGAGACGAUCAGCGGGAUGCAGCGGGCCAUCCGCACACUUCUGGCAUCGGGCGCAGCCAUCGACAUGGUGCGGACCCCACAGCAGCUGCCGGCACACGCCACCCAGUCCGAACGAGAUGCGCACGGUGUGGUGUUGGCCGAGUACCUCACCGUCCUCAACGACGAGCUGCCCCAGGCCGUCAUGGACGGCGUCAACGGCGCCCUCAACCCCCAGCGUGACGCCGCCGACAUGCUGACCCGCCUGCUGCCCCUCGCCCGCCCCGCCCCACCCACCAACCCCACUGACACAUCCACUGCUGCUGCAGCACAUGCCCCUGCUGCCCCCUCCCCAUUUGCCCUCACGGAUGCGACGGCCCAGGUGGCCUGGAAGAUCGGUGCCUUCCUGCACGAGCCAGAGGCCAUCGACACCAUCAUUCUCGGGCAGGCCGUGGUGGCCCACCGCAUCAAGACGGCCAUGCAGCACUUCGUCGAGUAUGCGGCGACCAAGACGGCUUUCAAUGAGGAGGUCAUCGGCGGCAUGGCCAGUGUGGGCGGCCAGGUGGUGCGGGUGCCCCUCCAGUGCUUCGCCGUCAGAGAGGGGUCGAGUGUGCGGCGGGUGGGUCUGCGCGAGGUGGUCCACAGGGCUCGGCUGGACGAGGCGGCCCGCUAUGGGCUGACUGGUGUGGUCAAGGGCUUCAACACCCACCUGGGCAACGACGAUUGUCAGUUCGGUUGGGGUCAGCUGGGAUGGGUCAACGACAUCGGCCUCUUCCAGCCGCUCGGCAUCAAGUAGCCGGCCGAGGACAUCAUCAUGACGACCUAGCAGAGAGGGGAGGGGGAGAGAUGGGAUGCAUAGGCAGGUAGAAUCGAUUUUGGUGUUUACAGUGGGGUGCCUGGGAAGAGUGUGCAUGUUCUGACACCAUGUCAGACAGGCCGUGAGCCAGUCAGGCAGGCUGCCC